UAACGGAAACUAUCAUUAUUGUAUGCCACUAUAUUCAACCAGUUGACAUUAUUAGCUGUUAAUAAUAUCUUCAAGUGAUUAGUGACUGAUCUUUUCGAAAGAGUUACAUCUGGCAUUAAUUGGGGUGAGAAAGAAAUUGAGUGCAAGAAGAAUGGGAGACCGACGUGCCAGCAGGCGCAUGUCUAUGGCGAGUUUCGGGAGAGUGGAUACUGAUGUAAAGCGUCAGAGUCGUCGUGGAUCCGUCGCCUCAACAUCACCAGACGAAAUCACUAAACUACUUUCUCAGCAACGCAAGACCAAAAAGGAUGAAGAAGCCAAGGCUGUGGAGAAAGAGCAAUCAUUGGCAUGGAAGGUUCUCACCAACUCACAAGUCCAAUCAUUAUUGGCAUUAGAAAUAGAAGAUGUUGAAAAGUCUUUGUCUGAGAUCUUGUCACUCUCUGACUUCAAAACAGACUUGAAAGAUGCAACUUUAUUAGAUUACUACACAUCUGCUUUCUGGUGGGCUAAAGAAGAAAACUUUGAUGCUCAGCAGGUCUCAGGGUUCUUUACUGUUGUACAUACACUCAUGGCAAACAUCAAAGAUAAUAUGACAGCUGCAGAAAACCUGACUGAAUUGCGGAAGAUGAUGGUUGGUAUUGGUACCAAUGUGGAUGAAGCUAAUGGAGGUUUAGACUUUCUGAGCUUAAAGCAGGCCAAAAUCAUUACCAGCUUCUUAGAAACUACAUUAUUCCAGCAUUACAGUCUGUAUCAUUUCCUUCAUCAUGGUGAAAGAGAAGAACAAAUCAUUUGCACUGAUCUGUGUGUUGAGACGUUACCUGCUGCUUCCAUGCCAUACCCCCCUCCUCUGGAAGAAGGAAUUGAAGAAGCUGUCUAUCUCAGCCACAUCGCCCCACCCCCUCAAGAAACAAAAGAAGAAGAGGAGGUAGUGGACGAGAAUGCUGACGAGAAGAUUCCAGAGAUAAGCGGAGAUGACAUGAAUGAACAAGGUGAUGGAGAUGUGGUAAAGGAUGUCUUGGCUGGAGUAACGGUAGAGGAAGUCAAGACUGUCUUUGAUAAGGUGGCAAAAGAAAUGUUUGCUGGACUACAGGAUGAGGUUGCACUAAAACUGAAAGAGAGGGAAGCAGAUAUAAUCACAAGGAUAAACAGGAUACACAGGAUAGCUGAAACAUAGUACACUGUCCUGCAAGACAAGUACAGUAUAAUUCAUGUCGUUGUAAUUAUCCAUGGCUCAUCAAGAAUUGAUAUAUUCUUGAUACAAGAUUAGGUUGACUUUUUCGAUUCCUUGUAUAUCUGUUUAUUGAUAUAUUGGUAGUUCUAAGGUAAAUACCACCCAUGGUUUCAUGGUGCGAAACAAAAUACCACAAAGUGACCCUGUCAAUGUACAGUGUGAAUGUAAGAGUGUACAGUGGCACCUGUGAAGAAAGACCACUUAAUGUGCAAGGAAGGUGGUUUCAAUGGGAAGGUUCCUGUAAUGUUUCAAUGGGGGAUUCUAUUCCAGGGGAAACAAAUUAUGUAGUCUGACACGACAUUUGGUCUUUCUGUACAGGUGAUUGCUUCAUGUAGAGUCCUUGUGAAUCUAUUUCAAUAUAUGUUUCGUUUGUAAUUAUAUCUGAGCAAUUCCAUAAAGUAUCUCAUUAUUAUGCAGGAUACACAUAAUCAAAAUACAACAUGAAAGUGGAGUAUAUUACCAAUUUUUAUACCCCCUGACAAACAAAGAGGUUCCGCACAUAGGAAUUGGUCUACAGUUAUGUACAUGUAGUUAGUGGGAGGUCCAUUGCAGAUACUUAAAAAACUUUCUACGCAAAGUUUCAGACACAUUAUUGCAACAGCUCCCAGCAGGGUUAUAUGCACAAUGCCUGUAUACAUGACAUAUGCCACAAAAACUUGUGUGCCUCCAUGUACCCCCAAAACCUGAGUUUUUUAUAGGUAUGCAUCUUUGAUAUAUAUAUCCAUUUCUGACUUUGGCUCAAAUUAAUUUAAUCUGUGUUUGAAAUUUAUGAUCAUAACAUCAAUAUAACAGUUUCAUUCCACCUGACCAAAGAAAAAUGGGAUAACCAAGGCACUAACUAUCACACUACAGAAUACUAUUAGAUACAGGAAUAAAGGAUGUCUAUUUACAGUCGUUUGUAUGUCUUUUUUCACACAAACAAAAUCUUAAAUUAUAAUUGGAAAGUAUGCUUAACUGAAUUGAAUCAUAUUUAUUUGGUUCCUAUGAACUCCAAAUAAAGCAACUGAGCCCAAGGUCUGUUUUCCCCAGAAUUGUGGAAAGCAUUUGAUAUUGAAGAACGUGGAUUUUGUUUUUUUCUGAUUCACCAUUGAACCACUUUAGCACCGAGUUCUGAUACUAGUGUGAAGCAAAAUGUUAUACCACUUGGGUGAAUGAAUGAAAUUGUGACACAAUUAUAUUAACAACAAAUUUGCUGUAGCAUACCAAAUUUUAUAAAUAGAAUUGUAUUUCCUUCCGUUUUUACACCAUGCAUUUUUUGGGGGUUUGCAAAGAUACUAGAACAAAAUUUUAAAAUCUAUUUAUAACAUAUUGUCAGUAGGUGUAUGUGACAUUCAGGUUUUUUUUAAAUAGGAAAUGUGAAGAAAAUGGUUUACUCGAUUAAAUAUCAAAGAAAAUAAAUAGUGUGCUGGCCGGUUGUCACAAAUUUGUGACUGGAACUGCAUGAAUAUUGUGAUUUCUUUUUCAGGCUUCAAAUUCAAUUAAGGAUGAAUAGUGGUAUUUGUAUGCAAAACUUACGUUGACUGUACAUAAAACAUUGUGUUCAUGUAAAUACUUGUAUGAAAAAUAAAGCUAUGUAUAUAUUGCAUUUUUAUUUAAAUUAUGUAGAUAUAUUUGAAGAUUGUUCUCAUUGAAGGGACGUUUUAUAUACUGGUAUGGUUGCAGUUAUGUAAUAACUUUUUACAAAAUUAUUCAUAUUUUGGGACAGUUCAUGUGUAGUGUGACCUGCUAUGCUUUUUAUAGGGCCAUAUGGCCUUGCUCAAAAUUUCUAGAUUUACUGUACAUACAUGUUUUCCUUAAAUAAAAUGUAUGAUAUAAAUACAA